UCAGUGAUGCACUAUCCCGUGCCCCCCUCCCCAUACGAGGCAUGUCUUCUCCACACCACACCACUCCUGCUUCCUCACAUGAAUGUACCGCGCCGUCGACUCUUCCCAGUUGAGCAAGCUACUUCACCGUAGUUGGUGUUCGUCCAGCCCACCGCAGCUGUGCCCUCUGCUCCCGAAGGCAGUCCCCGUCAUGACCUCCCCUUUCUGCGAUUUUGCCGAUAUUCGCUAAAUGGGAUUCGUGGCUGGUCCGAGGUUUCCACAGCAACUGGCCAUCCGCUUCCAUUAUUUGUCUAAUGAAGACAGCCAUAAGGAUUUAACACGGUUCCUCGCUGCGCGUCUCUGAUUUUUGGGCUGAAUCUCUAGACGCGUUAAAGGUCUGCACAUGGGGGCGGGCAAGAGCAAGCCCAAGGAGCCGGGCCAGCGCUCCAUGAGCCUGGACGGCACCAUCGGCACAGGCUCAGACAGCGGCCACUUCCACCACCUGGGACCUGCCCAGCAGACUCAAACCCCCAACAGGAGCCCUGCCGUUGGGACAGGCAGGCGGGGGCAUCAAGGGCAACACCAGCUCGCCCCCACAAACACUCCUGAGCUGGCUCUCUUCGGAGGGGUGGACCACACAGGCACCAUCACCUCGCCUCAAAGAGGACCUCUCUCAGGAGGUGUCACUACAUUUGUGGCGCUGUAUGACUAUGAGUCACGGACAGCGUCUGAUCUGACCUUUAGAAAAGGCGACAGGCUGCAAAUUGUCAACAACACGAAAAAGUACAGCUUCAGAGAAGGGGACUGGUGGCUCGCUCGCUCCCUGACGACAGGAGAGAGUGGUUAUAUCCCCAGCAACUAUGUGGCUCCGUCCGACUCCAUCCAAGCAGAAGAGUGGUAUUUUGGGAAGAUCACUCGGCGCGAUUCCGAGAGGCACCUUUUGAACUUGCAGAACAGACGAGGAACCUUCUUGGUGAGGGAGAGCGAGACCACUAAAGGAGCUUAUUGCCUGUCAGUGCUGGAUUAUGAUAACAGCAAAGGCCUGAAUGUUAAACAUUACAAGAUCAGGAAGCUGGAUAGCGGCGGUUUCUACAUCACAUCCCGCACCCAGUUCACAAGCCUACAGCAGCUAGUCUUCCACUACCGCAAGCACUCUGAUGGGCUGUGCCACGCUCUAUCAGACGUGUGUCCUGUGUCCAAACCUCAGACCCAGGGACUGGCCAGGGACGCCUGGGAGAUUCCCCGAGAGUCCCUUCGCCUCGACCUUAAACUGGGACAGGGCUGUUUUGGAGAGGUCUGGAUGGGCACAUGGAAUGGUACAACACGUGUAGCCAUUAAGACCCUGAAGCCUGGCACCAUGUCUCCAGAGGCCUUUCUUCAGGAAGCACAGGUCAUGAAGAAGUUGAGGCAUGAGAAGCUGGUCCAGCUGUAUGCUGUUGUGUCUGAGGAGCCUAUCUACAUUGUGACAGAAUAUAUGAGCCAAGGCAGCUUACUGGACUUCCUUAAAGGUGAAGCAGGAAAGAUGCUUCGUCUGCCUCAACUAGUAGACAUGUCCUCUCAGAUUGCAGCAGGCAUGGCCUACGUGGAGAGGAUGAACUACGUCCACAGAGACCUGCGCGCUGCCAACAUCCUGGUGGGAGACAACCUGGUGUGUAAAGUGGCUGACUUCGGCCUGGCAAGACUCAUUGAAGACAACGAGUACACUGCCAGACAGGGAGCUAAAUUCCCAAUCAAAUGGACGGCACCAGAGGCAGCUCUGUACGGUCGUUUCACCAUCAAGUCAGAUGUCUGGUCCUUCGGUGUGCUGCUCACAGAACUGGCAACUAAAGGCAGAGUCCCCUAUCCAGGUAUGGUUAACCGCGAGGUGCUGGACCAGGUGGAGCGCGGCUACAGGAUGCCCUGCCCAGCGGAGUGCCCCAGCUCUUUGCACGAGCUCAUGCUCUCCUGCUGGAGGAAGGACCCAGAAGAGAGGCCUACAUUUGAGUACCUGCAGGGCUUCCUAGAGGACUACUUCACCUCCACAGAACCCCAGUAUCAGCCUGGGGAGAACCUAUAGAACCACAUACACUGAACCGAACCCGGGGGGAGAACCUCAACACAGAACGAUCUGCACUAACCGACCUCAGAGGAGCACCUGUGGGAGGAUCUGAGCCUGUGAAACUCAUCAGGGAGGAACUUGAGAUUCUUCUGUGGAAACAAAACCGAGAUAGAAACCUGCAGACGUCCCAUCAUGUGCCAUAAAUAAACUGCUACAGAAGAACCUGAAGAACCUCUUUUGUGCAAGCGCUCACUGUUUACUGAAGGUUUGCUUGCAGAAGUGGGGUUAAAGGCUGUAAAAGAGAACUCCUGGUGGACAGACUCUGGCUCUGAAUUGAGGUUUUUUGAGAGGUGCGACUGAUGUGGGUGGAACGGAAUCAGGAUCUACAGAGCGAAGGGGGAAACGAAAAAACCUCCCCUAAAAGAGAGAAGGUCAAGGGAGGUUAUUUCAGGCAUGAGCUGUUAAGCAAAACCUCCCUCUUUCCCUCUUCUGUUGUGUCUCUUUACCCUCGCCUGGUACCUUUUCCGUCCACAGAAGAGCACUGCCACUGUGGCUCAGGUGCCAAAGGAAAGUCUGUCUCUCUUAACGUCCUUUAUCUCCCUUCUGCCUCUGUCUUCUCUUUCUCUAUUUCUGUCUGACUUGCGGUAUCUCUCUCCCGUUUUCUCAAGUGCUGCUUCUUCAAAGUGUCUCCAAAUAACUCAGCUCUGGAACUCUACAUUGCAUCUUUAUUUAUGUUUACUUUGACAAUAUGCAUUUUUUGGUUUAAGGCUUUGUUCCAGUGGCAGACAAAAAAGUUCCUGAUUUCUCUUAAUGUUUUUUCUGAUUAUAAAUAGGCAAGGUUGUUAGAACCACUAUCAUGGAAUUGCCAACAGGCAGGUUCUUUAAAGGCCCCGACACACCAACCCGAUUAUCAGUGAGGUCAGUGACUCAAGUCUGUUCGGUGUGUGACUAAAGUCUCUCAAAA